UAUAUCCGUGGACGUUUGUAAUAAAUCACAGCCCCUUCAUUGUUGGGCCUCAGAUCGUCUCCUGAGCCGGUUCAACAUCAGCAAUUGCAACAUUCCAAGGUUUCAGUCGAGGUGCCUUGUGCACUUCUUUCAGGCAAAAUCAAUUGGGAUCGUCCCUGAGCAGCAUUUUGCUUCGCUCGUUCUUGCGAUUCCAUCAUGCCUGAGAUCGGAGAAGUCGCGCGCAUCGUGCAUUACCUGCGCAAGCACCUUGUCAACAGAACAAUUAGAACCUGCCAAGGUUUUGAAGAUGAUAUCGUGUAUGGUAAGGUGGGAUGCUCCGCCACCGCCUUCCAAAAAGCCGUCGAGGGCAAGAAAGUCAUUGGUGCUGGCCAGCAGGGCAAGUACUUUUAUGUGACAUUAUCGGCUCCGCCCCAUGCUGUUAUGCAUUUGGGCAUGACGGGGUGGAUCAAAUUCAGUGCUGAGGAAACUGGCUAUUACAAGCAAGCCAAAGAGAGCAAGACAGUGGAGGAGUGGCCGCCGAAGUACAUGAAGUUCUUAUUGAAAUGUGAUCCUGAGACGGUCGAUGGCGAGGACAGGGAUGCACUCGAGAUAGCCUUUAUCGAUGCCAGACGGCUUGCGAGAAUCAGACUCGUCGAUUGUGAAGCCAGCAAAAUAAGACAGGAGUCGCCGCUCAAGGAAAAUGGACCAGAUCCCGUUAUUGAUAAGGAUCGCCUCACGGUGGAAUUUCUUACAAAGCUGUUGCGAAAGAAGAAAGUUCCCGUCAAGGCACUCCUGCUCGAUCAGGCAAACAUCAGUGGUGUAGGCAAUUGGGUUGCGGACGAAAUUCUCUAUCAAGCGAGAAUACAUCCGGAACAAUACAGCAACACAUUCGACGACGAGCAGAUCAAGCGAAUUCACGAUGAGCUCAUCGGUGUAUGCACAACAGCUUGUGAGCUUCUCGCAGACAGCAGUCGCUUUCCAGAGAACUGGCUGAUGAAAUAUCGCUGGGACAAAGGCAAGAAAGAUGCCAAUGUACUACCAAAUGGUGCAAAGAUCGUCCACCUCAAGGUUGGAGGAAGAACGUCAGCUGUCGUUCCAUCUGUGCAAAAGAAGACUGCUGCCGUGGCUGGUGACGUCGACUCUGGGGAUGACGAUGUCGCAAAUGCUCCGAAAAGCGCCAAAGGCUCGAAACGGAAGGCCAAAGCCGAGCCAGAGGACGACGACGAGGAUGAAGAUUUCAAGGAGGAGCAGCAAUCUGACAAGCGCAGCCGCACAGCAAGGGCCAGCGCUGCCAAACCUACUCCAAGUGUACAGCCUGCCGAGAAAAAAGGUCGGGGUAAAAAGGUGAAGACCGAGGAAUCUUCUGAUGAUGCGGACGAAAAGCCUACGGGUAAGGCUCGGGCGAAGAAGUCUCAGACGAAGAAGGAAAUCGAAGUGAACGAUACUACGAAA